GGCGUUAUCAUUGGCUACGUAUAUCCUGCUCUUCCUUUUCGCGUUGUCGCUUCACUUAACAGCCAAAAUGGGUGACACGGUAACAAUUCGAACCAGGAAGUUUAUGACGAACCGUUUGCUGCAGCGAAAGCAAAUGGUUGUUGACGUCCUUCAUCCUGGUAAGGCUACAGUCCCAAAGACUGAAAUUAGGGAGAAGCUGGCCAAGAUGUACAAAACCACUGCAGAUGUUGUGUUCGCUUUUGGUUUUCGAACUCAAUUUGGAGGCGGUAAAACAACAGGAUUUGCAAUGAUAUACGAUUCUCUUGACUUUGCAAAGAAGAAUGAACCAAAACAUAGGUUAGCUAGGCAUGGUCUGUUUGAAAAAAAGAAGACUUCAAGAAAACAGCGCAAAGAACGAAAAAACAGAAUGAAGAAGGUCAGAGGCACAGCAAAGGCUCAAGUUGGGUCUUCCAAGAAGAAAUGAGGUGAGUGAGACUUGCCUUUGGAUCUUCGCAACUGAGAAGAUGGUGUUUUUUCUGUCAUCAAAUAAAUUGUAUAGUAAAAUCUAAAA